AAGGAGGAGUUCCAGCUAAGAUUAAAGGAAACAAAGGAGCGUUUUCGACUCGAGUUACAACAGCAGUCCAACCUUUAUGGCCCCCAGCACGGAUCAUGGUACAAGGGCAACCAAUAUGGCACCAACCCCGGACACAUGCAAAACAUGAAACCCUGGCAGCAGAGUAAAUGGGGCAAGAGCUCCACAUGGCAUGCACAAGACCCUCCAAACUUCAAGAACUUCAACAAAAUCCCACCUCCCUGGAUCAGUAAUUCAGGCAGCAGCAAUGGUGUUUACGGGUGCAAUAACAUAUCUCAAAAUGUCCGACCUCCUUUUUUGGGGUCACAUCCUCCUUUGUUCCCUUCCUUACCGAAGCUCUUCACAAAAGGCGUCAAUCAAUUUCAGAAUCAAGCCACAAACCAAGGAGGUAAGCAGAAAUAUGGGCCUAAGGGUGCGGAAAAACAAAACACAGAAGAGGAGAAUCCUGAUAAUAAGGGCAACAAGUCUUUUGGCAGCAACCCCAAAUUUGACAAAACGUGUCGCUGGUCGCCAUACCACGUCAAUAAUAAAGGGUCGGAAUCCAUGCCAAAUCUUGUUCAGAAAGCUUCCAAAUCACAAAAAGUAGAGAAGGCAAUGAAAAGUGGCACUUACAAACUUGACAAAAGAAACUCAAGUGGGGAAAGUAGUAACAACAGCAGCAGAAGUAGUAGUCUUCAGAGAGAUGGUCAGAAAAAUAUGACCAUUAAUCCUACUACUGCUGCUACAACUACUACAGCUACUCUUAGCCCAUCUACUCAAAAGGCAAAAACGCCAGCACAAAAAGCUGAAAGGAGACCCUCCCUAGGUGCAGGCCCAAGUGGUGGAGCUCAAGUUAACAAGGCAUCUAGUCAAAAUAAUGACAAGUUGAAGACAAAAACUAACCUGAGUGGUUUAUCAAAAUCAGAUCGGCAGCUAACUGAAACUGUGAAGAAAGUGAAACAGCUGGAAAAGCGGUGGUCCUUGGAUAGUUUAAGUAACAUCGAACAAAAAGCAACACAGGUACUGGAGCAAAGGCAAGUUGGAGUCAAUAAGGAAAAUACUGUUAGGGAGAAUCAAGUUAAGCCAUGUAUUCCAGCACUGAGUAAACCUGCCAAGCUAUCUCCAGACCAGUCCCUCCAGCAUCUUCAAGUCAGUACAUCCGUAGAAAGCUCAGCCAGUCCUAUCAUGAACCAGGAAAGUGAUAAAAUCAAAAGUAGUACAGAGAAGGAACCAUUUGAAGAUAAAUUUGUACAAUCUACCAUAGAAAAUGAUGCCUCAAAUACUAGUGACCCACAAACUCAAUCACAAAAAUCUAAAAUUGACUUGCCCCCUCUCCUAAAGAAGGAUUUGACCAAACACAUGAUCCCAAAUAAGGCCAAAAGUUCUCCCAGCCUUGAGCCCAACCUGAACAUUGCGAGACGUGUCCGAAAUCUGAGCGGGUCGAAGAAGAGCGACUCUGAUAAAGAUUCAGGACUGAAGCCCACUGUCCGGCAGCUCAUCAGCUCCUCUGGGUCCAGACGAAACGUGAACUGGGAACAGGUCUAUCACGAAGUCAGGAAGAAGCAGGACAAGGGGAAAGGCAUGCCAAGAUUUGGGAUAGAGAUGGUGCCAGUGGACCAAGAGGAGCACAGUCAGGAAGAGGACGACUUUGUGCUUCUCCAGGGCUUCCAAUGGGAAUCACUGCUGGACAUCCAGACUCCGCCCACCUCCCGAAAACGUUCCCUAUCUGAGAGCAGCAUCGCCCCAACGCCAAACCAUGCUCCGUUUUUGGAAAAUAUAGUCAUCAAGUCAGAGCCCCAGGAGCCCUCCCAGGAUACUGAUCUUCUGCAGGAGAUUGAGAUGGGCCUGGGUGAAGCUGAAGACACUCCACAGAGGGCGGCGAAGGCAUGGCAGAGGGCUGAUUCUGUCGUCGAUGAGAUCAGCUCUGGAACAGAGAUGUGUGAUGGACAAGGGACAUCGAAAAAGAGGAGAGCGAGAGACGUGCCUCACCCAGAGACAUCUUCUUUGGAGCAUCACACCAAAAGAAGGAAAAAAUCCAAAAAAGUUGCAGACCGUUCCCACAUUGAGGAGCUGUUGGUGGUGUCUUUACGCGAGGAUGAGCUCAGUCGGUCUCUCCUGAGUUUGGACACAAACCUGAUUAAGGCUCGUGCGGCUCUGGAAGCUGCCUACGUGGAAGUGCAGCGGCUGAUGAUGGCUAAGCAACAGAUGACUACAGAGAUGGGCACACUGAGAAACAAGCGCAUUGAGUUGCUUAAAGGGAUGCAAGGCGGUGCAGAGGAGGCCCCUGACUCUAUAGUGAAAGAGGAGAGACGAGAUGACUCAGACCUGCCCUUCUCCUCCUCUGUCCCCUCCAUCACAGUCCCCCCUCUGUGUGGCACCAGCCCUCGCGCCUCUCCCCCCGCCCCCUGUGUACCCUUUACUCCUGUGGCUGUGAAAGAGGAACCACGGUCCCCUGUCCACAUCAGCCCCGAACAAGACUCUGCUAUCUGUGCCCACAGCACCACACCAGAACUGCCCUCUGCUGCAUCUGCAACAGAAGCAGCAGCAUGCCCUUUCCCAUCUCCUAAGCGAUGGUCUGAGUUGUGCCAAAGGCGCUCAGACCAGGAGCGAGAUGAGUUUGGAGAGCCUCUUGACUCCAAAGAGGGUUUAGCUGAUCUGGUGCAGUCUAUGGAGAAAGGCCUGCAGGCACGAGACUAUGCUGAGGCUAGCACUAAUGAUAAAAUGCUCGCGCCAGGCUGGAGAGACUCAGAAAUGGGCAGUUUUGUAGAAAGUACAGCUGCCCCAUCUUUUGAGACUCCCUCUGUGCCCUCUGAGUUCCAUGUGCCCGCCUCUCCGUCCGAGUUGCGGAGUGGAAAGAAGGUGAGGAAACUGAAGAAGAGGAAAUUACUGAAGAAAGCACAGAGUUCAGAGCUGCCAGAGAGCAGUGAUACAGAGGUGGAUACUGAAGGGUCCAGACCCCGGUGCCCACGUUCCAGGAGGAGGAACAGUGGAGGGUCCCAAGUCAGUACCUCCAACCAGCAAACAGAGGAGAGGGAAGACAGUGUCAAAAUGGAGGAGACAGAGGAUCUGCAUAUUGAGAAAGAAGAUCCAAAGCCUUCAAAAAGCAGCAUGAAACAGUCCCCUGUGAUGCUCUGUCCGGUUACAGUGAAGUCUGAACUUGAGAAGAAUGCACAGGGCUGUAGUGGUCCAGCCCAGGACCCAUACUCCUCCAAACCAGAAGCCCAAAAUGUGGCCUGUUUUGAGGUCAGCUCCACCAGUGACAUGGACGUAUCUCCUGCUCCAGAGAGUGAUGUUCAGGAGAGCUUCACACUGCCAAAAGUAGGAAAGACUUCGUCAGAUGUCUCUUCUGAUCACGGGGAGGAUGACUUGCCCACAGAGGGAACUUUCGAGGGCCACGUGGAGGCAGUGAACUCAAUGCAGAUUCAUGACAGGCUGCUAUACACCUGCUCUGGGGACCGCACUGUCAGGGCCUUUGAUAUUGUGAGUCAUAAAUGUGUAGCAGUAUUUGAAGGCCACAGCUCCAAAGUGAAUGCUCUGCUGGUGUCUACGGCUCCCUAUCUCCAUCAUCGCCUAUAUACUGGCUCCAGUGACCUGACCAUUCGCUGCUACAGUCUCACGACACUGAAGUUUGAGGAGCAGUUUUCACUGACCGACAGAGUCCUCUGCCUCCACAGUCGCUGGAAGAUCCUGUACGCAGGACUCGGCAAUGGCACUGUGGUCACCUUUAACCUCAAGACAAACAGGCAGAUGGAUGUGUUCGAGUGCCAUGGGCCACGGGCUGUGAGCUGUCUGGCCUCGUCGCAGGAGGGGGCACGGCGCCUCCUGUUGGUGGGGUCCUAUGACAACACCAUCAGUGUGAGGGACGCCAAGAACGGGCUCCUGCUGCGGACCCUGGAGGGACACAGCAAAACAGUGCUCUGUAUGAAGGUGGUGAAUGACUUGGUGUAUAGUGGAUCCAGUGAUCAGUGCGUAUACGCUCAUAAUAUCCAUUCGGGACAGUUGGCGCGUGUCUAUAAGGGCCACAGUCACGCCGUCUCUGUAGUGUGUGUCCAGGGGAAGGUGAUGCUGACCGCAUGCCUCGAUAAACUCAUCCGAGUCUAUGAUCUGCAGUCCCAUGAACAGCUGCAGGUUUAUGGUGGACAUAAGGACAUGGUGAUGUGUAUGACCACGCACAAAAAUAUGAUCUACACAGGCUGUUAUGAUGGCAGUGUGCAGGCCAUCAAACUUAACCUGAUGCAGAACUAUCAUUGUCGGUGGCAUGGCUGCUCGAUGGUCUUUGGCGUUUUGGAUCACCUGGAGCACCACCUGUGCCAUAACCACGCCAGCCAGAACCUGCAGACACUGAGAUGCCGGUGGAAAAACUGUGAGGAGUUUUUCAGCAGUCGCAUCAGCUCCAAAAAGACGAUGCUUUUGCACAUGCAGAAACACGUGGCAGAGGAGUCCCAAGUGGAGCCUUGAAGCCGAAGGGAAUAAAGUUUGACCCUUUUACUCCUUUGUAAAUCCUCCCAUAUUGGGACGGACCAGUGCUAAGACCCACCUCUCAUGGCUCAAGCCUGUAGAGUGGUGUAUCAUAUUUUAUGUUCAAUGUUGGAAUCCAACCUUAUAACAAUAAAGACGUGAGGCUGUGGGAAGGUCAUUUUAUACUGUUUUAAAUACGCUUCGCCCUCUUUUCUGUCUGACCACACUAACACUGACCAAACUAAGACAAAAUAUUUGACUUUUGUAAUUGAAGAAACUCUUGCGGAGCCGGUAACAGAGGGGUUAAUAUGCUUCCUGUUUUAACUAACCACUAUUCAAUAAGCUGCAUUCUGAUUGGUUGGCUAACUUGAUGGCAUGGGCCGGGAAAUGUUUUUACUGUUGUGAUGUUUAAUAUUGAGCAACAUCUUUAUCAUGAUCUUAUUUUUUGUUCUUUUAAAUGUUUACUUGUUUUAUGGGUGUCUUCAUUCAGCAGUUUUCAGUUUUAAUACAGGUUCUAGUAUCCUAUUAUUACUAUCCUAUUAAUCCUGGUUGGGUCUGGCAAUGGCUUGUAACCCCGUAUGGCUCAAACCCUGGUCACAGCUUACUUCUACUUACACUGUUUUAAGAAUUUUACCAUUUUUGAGUGUUAAAGCAUAUCUAUGGUGAUAUAUAGGGAAAUCUAUUUUACAGAAGCAAUGGUGAGAAAAAAAUUUAGUUAUGCAUUUAAGACUACCCUACAUUUGUUUUUCCAUCUACAGAUUUUAUUUUUUGCAUUUGGUUUUUAAGUUUUAUUUUUCAAUAUUUUUCAAACUUAGGAAUCAUCUAAUUUUCCUUUUUUUCUUUUCUUUUUUGUUUGUUUUUGUUUUGUUUUAUUUAUUUUUCUCAGAUUGUUUUGAUCUCAUCUGUUUUCCAUAGACGUAUUUCCAUUUCAUUUUGUUGUUGCUCUCUGAUAUAAAGGCAUUGAGGGACAUUAGUGCAGUGUUGUGUGUCGAAGUGGCCUGAGGUUGCCACAUUGGAGAGUUUUUGCAGUUUGCUGUGAAACUGAACCAAGAUGUUGUGAAUGUGAUUUUGACUGUAAUUUUAGAUCCGAGUGUGAGAGUUCUGUUUAUUCUACGUUAAUUCCCCACUUGGAGAUAUGUAUGUUUUAUUUUUAUUUUUAUUUUUUUGAGAAUUGAGCAGAAGGCACCUGAUAGUUUAUGAAAAAGGCAUUUGGGGAGGUGUUUUUGAGAAGGAUGAAAAGUAUGAAGGAAAAGUAAUAGAGAGACACCAAUCAGGCAUAACAUUACAGCUGUUAGAAGCCAUAUAAAAUGACAAGGCUUUGACAGUUCUCAUCUAUUGUUAUUUUGGAGAGUUCCCAGUCUAUAAAUUGACUUUAUAGUUUCUUGUCUCCAUCCGUAUUCCUGUGCAAUUCAGACAGUAGGUUACCAUUGUGCCUUUUUCUUAUCUUGGAAUAAUUUCAUGGUAAGGAGUAUCUAGCUGGAAGAUUAACCUAGAAUGCAUUUUUAAGUUGUAAUAGUAAAACAAACCUAUAUCAAAAAUUGUACUAGAUUGGAAGAUUAAGUAAACUAUCUAGCCAUAAUUGCUCUAAAAUAAUGCUUGAUGAUCUUUUUGUUGUGCCUAAUUGGUGUAUAACCCAUGCCAUACCACACCUCACUAAAAUAUUACAUUUAUUCAAGCCAUUUUUCUUUUCAAUACCAUUUUAACUGGUGCUCUUCUUGGCAGAUCUGGUUGUAUUUUUUUGGUUUGCUCCUCUUCAUUUCAUAGAGGACUUGAUUUUGCAGCAAACAUUUUCGACUUUUUGCAUAGUUUUAAGGCAAAGGAAAGCAUACAGACCCUUUCUAACCUUGGCAUUCCCGAGUUUCUUCAAGAUGUUAUUCUGUUAUAAAAGAUGUUAUCUGCUUUUUUUAAGAAAUGUGCAAUCAAAAAGAUAUUAAAAUGUUCAAACAGAAAAA